AUGGCGAUUAGUGUGAUGCUGAUGCUAAACUAUGCGGGUGUGAAAGCAUUGAAGCGUUUCACAGUUGGUAUGCGGUAUGAAGCAUUGUCUGGCUUUAUUUGUUCGAAAUGGAGCGGUUUGAGUGCCGAUAAUCUGUAUUUGACGUACAAUUUGCCUAUGUUUGGUGAUUGCAUUCUCGGAGAUGAUGAAGAUGUAUUGUCAAUGUUUGCCAUGGUACAACAGUUAACUUUGCAGAAUAUUGUUGUUAACGUGAAGGAAAAGGAGAAGCGUGCUGAAUUGGGAAAUAGGGGAAGGUCGUUGGCGUACGUUGAUAACGAUUUUCAGGUUCAAAAUGCCCUAGUUGGGAGUUUAUCUGCGUAUGCACCAUCUGCAUUAUUGGUUGAGAAUGAUGGUUUAUGUGAAGAACGAAUCAUGGGUGUGCCAUCGAAUGGUAAGCAACUAUUGAGCCACAAUUGGCUUUUUUUGAUUAGGGAUGUGGGACAGGUUUUUAAAGGGGGCGUUGUUGAGUUUAGGAAAGCAUUGUGCAAAUUUUCUGUUGAAUCUGGUUUUGAGUUUGACUACGUGAAAAAUGAGUCAUAUCGAGUCACGGCACAGUGCAAGUACAGAGACUCGAAGAAAUGCAUGUGGAGAAUACAUGCAUCGAUUGAGAAGUGCAACAAAUUUUGUUAUAUUAGGAAAUAUCAUAAGUAUCACACAUGUGGCAUGACAUUUGGAACUUGCAGUAGAAGAAGGAUCACGUCCGAUAUUAUUGCAGAGCUUAUUGUGGAUGAUAUUCGAGCUAUGCCUACAACGACCCCUAAAGAUGUAAUUCACCAAGCUAAAGAUAAAUAUGGUAUUGAUAUUAGUUACUUUGUUGCAUGGAGGGCUGUAGAUGCGGGCAGGGAGGUUGUGUAUGGUGAUCAAACCACAUCGUACUCAUUCCUUCCAUCAUAUUUUCAAGAAAUGCGAAAGACUAAUCCGGGUAGUAUUUUCCAUUUAGAUGUUGAUGAAUUUUCCAACAAUUUUGUGCGGUGUUUUUUCACUUUCGCUGGAUGUUUGAGUGGUUUCAAAUCAUGUCGUCCCGUUGUAUGUGUUGAUGGUACUUUUUUGAAGGGAAAACACAAGGGUAUAUUGCUCAGCGCCGUUGCGAAAGAUGGCAAUGAUGGUUUAUUCCCGUUUGCAUUUGCUAUUGUGAAUGAAGAAACAAAUGCUAAUUGGGCAUGGUUCUUGGAACAUUUGAGAGACUCAGUAGGUACGGAGCGUGUACUAACAUUUAUAUCUGACAGGUGCCAUGGCAUUGUUGAGGGGGUGAAGAACAUUUUUCCAGGCUCUCGUCAUGCAUUUUGUGUAAUUCACUUGAAGAGGAAUUUGAAGAACCAUUUUAGGGGUGUUGGUGCCAACCUUCGGAAAGCAAUUGUACUUCAGUUCGAUUCUUGUGUUUAUGCUGCAUCGAAGGAAGAAUUUGAGGUUGCAAUGGGUGACUUAAGAUCCAAUGGAGCGGAAAGAAUUUUCAAUUUCUUAGCUGACCUUCCUUAUGAGAAUUGGGCGCAUUCGUAUUUUGAGGCUGGUAGAUAUGGUCAGAGCACGUCAAAUGCUGUUGAGUCAUGGAAUGCCCAAAUUCGAAGGUAUAGACAUCUUCCCAUCACCAAUUUCAUUGAUGCAAUUCGGAGUUUGUUAAUGGUGCAGAUGUGUAUAAGGCACGAGGAGGGUGACACGUGGACAACUGCUAUAUGCCCGAAUCUUGAAACAAUUGUUGAUAGUUUUGUGAAUGAGGGUAGACCAUUGACGGUUAAAAAGGCGUCUGAAUUUGUGUAUGAGGUGUACUCGGUGCCGAAUGCUGUUGUAGAUGUGCAGGCAAGAACAUGCUCGUGCAGAUGGUGGCAAAUCAAUGGAUAUCCUUGCGUACAUGCUGCAGCUGUGUUGUUUUUGUACAGAAAUGAUGGUUAUGAGCACAUUGAUGAGUACUUCCACGUGUCGAUGUUCAAGAGUACAUAUGCUAUGUUAAUACAGCCUUUUGGUAAAGUGGUAGUUGACAAUCAACAAAAAUUGGUGGGUCCCCCAGAUUAUCAUACAAGACGUGGUAGGCCAAGAGUGAAAAGAAUUCCUUCUAGGGGAGAGCAUAUUGCUCGGAAGAUGAAGUGUGGUCGUUGCAAUGAAUAUGGACACCAUAAUAAGAAGACGUGCACAAAGCGGAUAGGAUGA